GUAGUGUAGAUGAAUAUUUCAAUUUUGAAAUGUCUGUGUUAUGCUAUAAUGAUAAUGGGUGGGUUAUUGAUCAUCAAGAAAUUGUCAGACAAUGGUAUAAGAAUUGUAAAAUUACAAAAUCUAGUCUCCCUUCAUCUUCAUCACUGACAUCAGAUACAAAUUCAUUAAAAGCCAAACUCAACACAGAUAAUAUGUCAAAAGCAGAGAAUAGAGAGAUGUCAAAUUGUGAAAGAUUAACAACAGCCUUACAGUUGAAAAAUGAUUUAUUUGCGAUUAAGAGUCCAUAUAUGAUGGACAGUCAAUUUAUAAAACUUCAGAAGACCUUAGAAACAGAUUAUAUUCCAUCAACGACAAGUAGAAAGAGAAAAAAGAAAGUAGAUAAAAUUGAUGAAGAUUGUUCUGACUAUACAGUAAUUAAAAGAUUGAGUGAUGCUCAUAAAUCCCUAAUCUCCUUAGCUCAAGGUAAAGGCUAUUUAUUAAAUAAAUAUGAGAAUAUUGACAACAAUAAAUCUGCUAGACAGGCUAGUCAGAUAGUUGGUCCUGGUGAUAGUCUAAUAGAUAUAGUAGAGACAAGUUCAACUGAUGAUAAUAUAAAACCACCUCUAGUUAUAGAACAUGCUCAAGAUGAAGUUACUAUACAAAUCAAUCAACUGGUUCAUUUUAAUUGUAUUUUACCAACUGUUACACAGAUACUUGGUGAAAAAUACUUACUUCCUGUAAACUGUCGUUUUCUGUUGUCAGAUUGGAGCAAGCUUUUACAGACAGAUAUAACAAAUGGAAACCGUUUUGAUUUAAUUGUCAUAGAUCCUCCAUGGAAAAAUAAAUCUGUAAAGCGAAAGAAAAGUUAUAAUACUGUAUGGGAAGAUACAUUAUUAGAUUUACCAAUAUAUCAGUUGAUAAAUAAUGGAGGUCUGGUUGUAAUAUGGGUAACAAAUAAACCAAAACUACAUUCUUUUAUUAAAGAAACUUUAUUACCGUCAUGGAAGCUCAAAUUCUGUGCUGAAUGGCAUUGGUUAAAAGUUACUACAAGUGGUGAAUUAAUCUGUGAUAUAAAUACAACUAUGAAGAAACCGUAUGAGACACUAAUUAUAGCACAAUAUAUAAAUAAUAAAGAUAACUGUCGGCCAUCUUUACUUAAUCAACAAGUCAUCAUCAGCAUACCUUGUAGUUUACAUUCAAAGAAACCACCACUUCUAGAAAUAAUGAAGCCAUUUCUUGUAGAAAAUCCAAAGUGUUUAGAAUUAUUUGCAAGGAAUUUACAACCACACUGGACUAGUUGGGGUAAUGAGGUUUUAAAACAUCAGCAUUUAGAUUAUUAUGAAGCUACCUGAAACAUCGCCAUUAGAAGAUCAAGAUCUAUAUGGGAUUGCAAUCCACUGUGAGGAAAGAUGCAAGAAAGUAUGCCAAUGUUUUCUGUUGCCAAAAAUUGAGCAUGUCUGUGUUUUAUUAUAACAGCCAAUUAAUUCAUUCAGCAUUUGUAAUGUCAGUCAAAGACAGAAAUAGUUGCCAUAUAAAAAAAAUGAUGCUAUCAUAUUUCCCAUGAUGACAGAUAUUAUGUUAUUUCGCAAGCCAUUAAAUAUUUCCUUUUUUU